AUGGAAACAACGUCUAAUGAAGUUACUACGAAUAAACCAAUUUUACUUGAAGAUGUGAAUUUACAUGAAGAUGAUUUAACUGAACAAGCGAAAAAUCGUUUUGGAUAUCACAGUACUAUUUUACAUGCAUUUGAAUUACAUCGUCGACUCGUACUUGAAGCCACAGAGAUCACUCCUGUGGGUCGUCAUCUAUUGUUAUCUUUGCUUGACAAACUUCAUACAGAUAGUAAACAAGUACUAAACUAUUGUGCAGCAAAUAGUGACCAAUUUCCACGUGACUUCUCAAACUCUGGUCCACUUAUCUUAUGCGGCCUUCCACGUACAGGUUCAACAUUAUUAUACAACUUAUUGGCGUGCGAUACUGAUUGUCGUGCUCCACUUUUCACCGACAUGUGUGUUCAACCUGUUCCACCGAUUCCACGUUCGAAUUCUGUCGAACAUGAGCGACGAGGUGUAAUAGCAGGACAAGCCGCAAAAUUAGACGAACAAUUAGUCGGCCGAACGAGUUUCCUGAAAGAAUCACAUCCAGAAUUUCCUAUUGAAGAAGAUAUUCAUAUUAUGUAUCAAACUGGCAUAGUAUUACUACUAACAGGUGUUCCCAGUCCUCGUCAAUCCGAGUUUGACGCUUGGAUUUGGGAUCAGACAAACAAGGACUUUGCCUAUGAUUACCACGAGAUGUUUCUCCGCAUGCUGAAUUCUGUUGAUGCACCACCAUCACAUUGGCUACUCAAAUCGGUCUCACAUUGUCUGUAUUUGGAUACUCUUUUCAGUCAUUAUCCGAAUGCGUCGUUUAUCAUGACUCAUCGACAGCUCGACAAAGUAUUACCUUCGUUUUGCAGCAUGUUGUGGGCACUUUCGCAUGUUUAUUUUGAUGAAGACAAUGCAAAAUAUCGAGAUAUAGUCAACGCACGUACUCUGCAGUACAUUGAUCAAAUGAUUAAACGUAUCGUCGAGUUUCGCACUCGUAGACGUGAUUUAGAUCAACAGAUUCUGGAUAUUAACUAUGAUGAGAUAACACGACAACCGAUUGCUACUGUUCGUCGGAUCUAUGACCAUUUCGGCUUUCGUUGGUCAAACGAAUUCGAAAUUGCUAUGCAGAAUUGGCUUCGUGAUAAUCCGCAAGGUAAACAAGGUCGACAUACCUACAGUUUAACUGAUAUUCAUCGUACGCAUGAUGAUAUCAAAGCGCAAUACAAUGACUAUAUUAAAUUGUUUCUCUCUUCAUCUCCUACAACUUCAAGUUGUUCUAAAAAUAACAACAAUGAAUGA